AUGGCACAGUUCGAGUUCGAUUCCAGCAUCAAAGGCGCACUCCCAGCUGAUUUCCAGUGGGGGUAUGCGACCGCUGCCCCACAGAUUGAGGGCGCCUGGAACAAGGACGGAAAGGGACUGUCCAUCUGGGACACGUUUGGCCACACACCCGACAAAGUCAAGGACGGCAGCAACGCCGAUGAUACAGCGCGGUCCUAUGACUUGUACAAGCAGGAUGUAGCGCGCAUGAAGAGGUACGGCGUCACAGCCUACCGAUUCUCGCUCUCCUGGUCACGCAUCAUCCCGUUGGGCGGCAAGGACGAUCCCGUCAAUGAGCAGGGCAUUGAGUUUUAUAGUAAACUGAUUGACGAGCUCAUCGCCAAUGGCAUCACGCCCUUUGUGACCUUGUUCCACUGGGACACGCCCCAGGCCCUCGAGGACCGCUAUGGCGGUAUGCUUGACAAGGAAAAGUACAUUCCCGACUUCAACAGAUAUGCGCGGGUAUGUUUCGAGCGACUCGGUGACCGUGUCAAGCAGUGGAUCACUUACAAUGAGCCUGGUGUUUACACCCUCGCCGGUUACGCUGCCGGUGUGCAUGCCCCAGCUAGAUCUAGCUUUCGCGACCUGAACGAGGAAGGAGACUCGAGCACCGAGCCAUUCAUCGUGGCGCACACCGAGCUGCUAUCGCACGCCUACGCGGCCAAAAUCUACAAGGAAGAGUUCAAGCCGCAACAGAAAGGCACCAUCAUGAUCACACUGCAUGGCAAUUGGAACGAGCCGUGGGACGAGAGCGAUCCCAAGGACGUCGAAGCGGCGCAGCGUGCGCAGGAGUUUGAGAUUGCCUGGUUCGCCGACCCCUUGUACAAGACAGGCGACUACCCGGCCUCGAUGCGGGCACAGCUAGGCGAUCGGCUGCCGCGGUUCACCCCCGAGGAGAGCCGGCUCGUCCUGGGAAGCUCCGAAGCCUACGGCAUGAACUCGUACACGGCCUUUUAUGUGCGACACCGGGAUGCCGAGCCCGACAUCAACGACCACAAAGGCAACGUCGAGGUUUCUGAUACAAACAAGCAUGGUGUCGAGAGGGGCAUUGAAAGUGACACGCCCUGGCUGCGUACCUCGCCGUGGGGCUGGGGCAAGCUGCUCCGGUGGAUCUGGGACCGGUACCAGACCCCCAUCUUCAUCACGGAAAAUGGCACGACGGCGAAGGGUGAGCACGACUUCAAGCCCAAGGGUCCGGAUGAUGUGUUAGAGGACCCACACAGGAUCGAUUUCUACAAGAGCUAUUUGAGCGAGGUUGCCAAGGCAUCGCAGGAGGGCGUGGUGAUCAAGUCAUAUUUUGGAUGGACGUUUACGGACAAUUGGGAGUGGGCGGCCGGGUUCACUGAUCGGUUCGGUGCGACUUGGGUAGACUUUGACGAUCCUGAAAAGCCGAGAUACGCCAAGCGGUCUGCUUACUUCUUGAGAGAUUUCUUUGGCCAUUUGAUCAAGGGCGGUACAAACUAG